UCUCCUUCCUUUAUAAACGCCUGCUUCCUCUGCUUCCAACCUCAUCCACCGUUAACCAUUAAGCUAUUUACCUUUCGGUUUAAUCACAACAACCAUGGCAGUCUUGAAAGUCCACGGUGCCGUUUUCUCCACAGCUUCAAUGCGUGUUUUUGCAUGCCUUUACGAGAAGGAUCUUGAUUUCCAGUUUGUUCCCAUAGACAUGAAAGCUGGUCAACACAAAUCGGAAACAUUCCUUUCCCUCAAUCCAUUUGGUCAAGUCCCAGCCCUAGAAGUUGGAGACCAAAAGCUAUUCGAAUCAAGGGCAAUUACCCAAUACAUCGCUGAGGAGUAUGCUGACAAGGGCACUCAGUUAACAUGCCCAGGCAAGCCUUUGGCUCCGAUUUUGGUAUGGAAGGAGGUUGAAGCACAACAAUUCGACCCUGUAGCAUCAAAAUUGAACUGGGAACUAGUAUUUAAGCCAAUGUUUGGCAUGACUACGGAUCCAGCUGUGGUUGAAGAGAAUGAAGCUAAGCUGGGCAAGGUGUUAGACAUCUACGAGGCUCGAUUGGCUCAAUCCAAGUACUUGGCCUGUGACUGCUUCACCUUAGCAGAUAUGCAUCACCUCCCUAAUUUACAUUACUUGAUGGGGACACCAGUCAAAAAGCUGUUCGAUUCACGCCCGCAUGUUAGUGCAUGGGCUGCAAAUAUCUCAUCUAGACCAGCUUGGUCUAAGGUCGUUGCCAUGCAGAAGCAAUAGAUAUUUGGGCAUUUAGCCACUGCACACCACUUGACGGUCUCUUGUCUGUCAUAAUAUAAAGGCAGUGUUUUCGGGAGUUUUUAUUAUGUUUUUAGUGUGUCUGAAUAUUGAAGCGUUUGUGUACUGCUUGAAGCUUGUAUCGUACCAAACUACCAAUUGUCUAAGAUAACUAUAGUUGUGAUACACUUUGGGAUGAUUA